AAGCAGGAUUUCCAAUCCUCGAACUUCCUGUGAUCUCCUGGAUGGAUCAAGAGGAAGAGCCAUGCAUCCUGGAUAUCCAGGGCUCCGAGGAAAGGGAGAUCCAGAGAGACACGCCCACAGACUAACACGGCUGCUACUCUGAAACCUGGCAAAACCUUGAAUAUUGUCUAUCUGGUCAGGCCAAAGGGGCCACACUGGUGUGAAGGUGGGAUGGAUUUUCCAGGAGAGAAACCGAGAGUUGUAUUCCUGUUAAACCAAGCUGGAGCAGAUAAUGGAGGUGCUUGCAGAAAUCAAAGAUGGCUAGAAGGAAUUAAAACAAGACCUAAAACAGGAGCUGGAGCCUUCUCAAAAGGAAUUAAAGCAACAUCUAGAGGUUUCCCAGAAAGGACUGAGAAAUGACCUGCAUUCGGAGAUAGUAUCUUUGUUGGUACAGCAGUUACAACGUAUUCGGGAAAAUUUCAAAGCCCAGCUACAAAACAUCCACUCCAGACUGGCAAGACAGAUCAGUGAGGUGACCAGCAAACUGACUAUCAUAGACCAAAAGGUUUUCCAGGAAAUAGAGGAGACCAAGGAAGUUAUGGCCAGCUUGAAACAUGCUAACAGAGAUGAGCUACAGCAAGGACUUGAGGAGCUAAAAGAUCUCCUAAAGAAGGAAUUUAAAGGGUCACAGACCACAGUGGAAGUCAGUUGCCUGGAUAAGGAAUCAGGCCAGCCAAAGAACUUGGGUGACAGGGCGGCAAGUGAGGAUGAGGUGAAUCCUCAGCAGGAAGUGCAGCCGUGUGGGACGGUCUCGGGGCUUGUUCCAGCCUGCCAGAGCCAGGGUGGACCAGGGAGGCUGCGUGUGAACCCUCCGAAGAUGAGGCGUCGCCGGUCUGCCCACCGUGAGAGGGGAUUCAUCAACCUACUGGGCAUCCUGGAGCCCCGGCGCCCGGCAGAUAAGCCCUACCGGUGCACAGAGUGCGAGAAGAGCUUCAGCCAGAGCUCGAAUCUCAUUGAGCACCAGCGGAUCCACACGGGCGAGCGCCCCUUCGUCUGCGGCCAGUGUGGCAAGCGCUUCAGCCAGAGCUCCACUCUGCUGGGCCACCAGCGCACGCACACCGGCGAGAAGCCUUUCCGCUGCCCCGACUGCGGGCGCGGCUUCUACGUCAACUCCAAGCUGGGCCAACACCGGCGCAUCCACACCGGCGAGAAGCCUUUCCGCUGCCCCGACUGCGGGCGCGGCUUCUACGUCAACUCCAAGCUGGGCCAACACCGGCGCAUCCACACCGGGGAGAAGCCCUACGGCUGCAGCGCCUGUGGGAAGAGCUUCCGUUACAAGCAGCAGUUCACUCGCCACCAGCAGCUGCACCAGGGGGAGGAGCCGGUGGCUGUCCUGACCCUGGGUGGGGUCAACGUCCUCCUAACUUAAAGUACAGGAAUUCCUUGGGCCUCCUGUCUUGGAGCAUGGGAAUUCCUUGUCCAGAUUUCCUGCAGCUCUGGGAGUGGGGUCUAGUGCGGGGGGUGUGUGUGGAGGGGAGGCUGAGAGUCAGGACUGCUGGGUUCAAUCCCUGGCUCUGGAAGGGGAGUGGAAUUUAGUGGUUAGAACAGGUGGGGGCAGGACUCCUGGGUUCUCUUCCUGGAUCUGGGAGGGGAUUGAGGUCUGGGGGUAGAGCAGGUGGGUGGCAGUCAGGACUCCUGGGUUCUACCUAGAGUUUUUGGGGCGGGGGAGUGGGGUCUAUUGGGUUAGUGCAAGGCGGGGCCGCCAAGAGUCAGCACUAAUGAAUUCCGUUCCCAGCUGUGAUUGAGUAUUUGGAAAUUUGUGUGGGGGAAGGAGGUUGGGAGUAGCUGAAAACUGAUGUUAUAGGGAGCCUUGGUUUAAGCUACCAGGACAUCACCAGAGCUAACCUCCAGGUUAGUGGUUCAAAUCUAGCUGAGGCAAGGUGCUCCCAGCCUGAGAGAUACUAAUUCAGUGUGUUGGAACCCUUCCCACCGCAAAACUGCCCUGGGAUUCCCCUCCCAUCUAGGGCAUGGUGGUCACACACCUGUUCAUGACUCACCCUUCCAUUAUAGCGACUAACAGACUGUAGACUCUCAACAGUUCCAAAGGCAGUGUUCUCGGUCUCUUGGCUGUGUUAUAUCGGUUUGUAUGCGCUCAUUGUGUGUUUGUGUGUAUUGGUAAAAUACCAACCCUGCACUGAUAGCGUGCUGAGGUUGAGACGUAUAAGUAGUUGCAGGAAGGUCGGGGGGGAAUUAAAGUCUAAACUUCCCACCUCAGUAUUAACCUCACUGCACCAAGUCAUUGUAACAGGGUCCAUCCAUUGCAGCAGAAGAGAGGAGGAGUCUAAGGGCUUAUCUGCAUUGGCAAAUUGACUGCAGUAGAUCCCUAUGUGGGUUCUCUGUUCUGAGAGAAGAGGGAUUUGAGUCUAGAGUAAGGGCAUGCUACACUUGCAGAUGUAGAGCGCUUUGAGUUAAACCAGCCUUGGGCGAGCGCAGUAGGGAAAGCGCUGCAGUCUGUCCACACUGACCGCUUCAAGCGCACUGGCGUGGCCACAUUUGCGGCACUUGCAGUGGCACUGGGAGCGGUGCAUUAUGGGCAGAUAUCCCAGCAUGCAAGUGACUGCAACGUUCUUUUCAAAUGGUGGGGGUAGAGUGGAGUGUGACAGGGAGUGUGUUGUGUGUAUGUGGGGGGCGA